AUGAGAUUGCGGGCUCAUUUCGGACCCGGCUGCUUCUUCACACAUGAUGAUAAUGACAAUGAUGUUCAUCUCUUACUGCACCGCAUGGUCCAAUUGGUUCAAUUAGCACUUCCCAAUGUGUUUAGUAAUCCACAUCUCCCACAGGAUAACACAGAUCUACUCUCCGUGUUAAUAGAGGCAGAUCCAAAGCUAUUCUUAUCAUCAUCCUCUUCUUGUCAUCUUUUCUUGGAUGUAUCCCCAUCACAAACAUUACAGUCUAAUUAUAGUACGAUAGAUGGUUUGAACCGAUUAGAUAAGGAGGAAUUAAAGUUUCAACUUGUAUUGGAAGUAGAUGUGAAAUCUCUUGGAAAAUUGUUAAUAUUUACAUGGAAACAAUGGAAAUCGAUCAAAGUCUUACUACUACAGGAACAAUCAAUAAUCCCUAUCUCUACAGAUAUUUCUUCACUAAAAGACGAUAAUAAUAAUAAUGGAAAUGGAAAUGGGUUUAUUAAUCUUGAAGUGGUUCUCCUACACUACAAUCCUCAUAAUGGUUCUCUUCAUGUUUGUCGAUAUGAAGAAUUCACAAAGGGAUUAUCUCACUUUCAACAGGAACGUUCUACUACAGUAGAGAGUAUUACAGUUGUGGAUAUCCAUGGUAAUAAAUUAGAAGAAGUACGUAUUGAUAUUGGACAACCACCACUCCGUUAUGGACUUGAGCAAACACUACGUAAACUUCUAUCUAUACAGCCGCAACAGCCUAUACGUAUGGCCUAUCGUGUGGAGGAUCAUCAGGAGUUAUUACCAUUAGAAUCCGAUACCGAUAUCUUAAGAAUUAUAUAUGAUGUGCAGCAGUUUGGUAGUUGUAAAGUGACAAUUGUUUUGGCUAUUUUGGAUGUAUUUAUAUCCUCACCUGUGCCGCCUUUAUUAGAAACCGGUAUUCGUAUUACGCAUAGUGAUAGUGAUAAUAAUAGUAAUAGUAGUCAUUGUAAUAUCAAUAUUGCUACUACUCAUACUCAUACUCAUACUCGUACAGCUAAUGAUAAUGAUGAAGAGGAAGAGGAAUUACAUCACACUAAACUGUUAGACUCCUCAUUAUCAUCAUCACCUUCCUCAUUAUCAUUAUUAGUAGAAACAGAUGAGGCGGCAGUUCUCCAGCAAAGACGGGAAGAAACACGAAGAUCCGUUUCCAAAUAUGUACAACUCAUGCGAUCUCUACGGUAUCGAUCUGCGGGUAUUCCCCAGCGAGGAAUGGCCAUCACCCCGCCGCGAAUCAUCACAGCAGCGAACUCUCACGUUAACUCGGAGCACAUCUCCUUCGCAGCAGAGACGACGGAGGGCUGCGGAAGUGAAGAGUUUCUUUUCGUUCGAUAUGAAUUAGAUCCGGUGGAGGUGCGGGUUGUGGGAGACAUCACAGAGAAGGAAUUGCAGUAUCUCGCUGAUGCUAUUCUGGACAGGUGUGUACAUCACGACAAGAAGGAGAAGAAGAAGAAGUCUGCGAACGAUAAUAACAUAAAGAAUACCACUCUUCCUCCUCCUCCUAAUAAUAAUAAUAAUAAUAAUAAUAAUAAUAAUAAUAAUAAUAUUAAUAAUAAAAGUAGUAUUAAUAACAGUGCUGGUGAUGGGAAUGAUCGGGGAUUACACUUUAGAAGAUUGCAUGGUUCCAUGUAUGUAUUGCUGCUGCACGAGUAUGGGACCUUCACAGAUGCGCAGAUCUCACAAUUGGAGGAAUGUCUUGUGGAGGUGGUGACGAAAUUCGGCUGCCGUCGAGUAAAGGAUGUGAAUACAGUUCAACACCCACUGCUGCAGAAUAUAUGCCGCGCAAACACUAAUGUCUCUUGUUGUUGA